UCCAACGAGAGAAGAAGGCUUUACAUUUUUUCCGUUAAAAGGCGCCCACCCGCCGCAGCAGCAGCAGCAGCAGCAGCGUGGGUUUGUCAGUGGCUGCUGCGUGGGCGCAGUGGAGAAAGCAAAAGGAAAGCGAGAGAGAGAGAGAGAGAGAGAGAUGGCGGAGUGAUUCACUUUGCGGUCUCGAAUUCGCUUGGUGCAGGUCGGGAACUGAUUGCUUCUGUCACCUCCCCUGUCCCUGAUUGCCGACGACAUCUGACUUAGGUGCGGCAAUUUCCGCUGCGGCGGCGGAAGGGGACGAUUAGAUCCCGCCUUGCAUCAACUGAAUCGGAGGCCGCAGUGAAUUUUUUCUUUUUUUUGGGCGAUGUCGGCCGGAAGAGAGGUUGAACUUGCAUGGCGGUAAGGUUUGGGGAUUGGAUUGGAUUGCAUCUCCGUUAAUUCUUCUUAACUGCAGAUCUGUUUCAGGCGUUUCUGGUUUAGUUUUCAUCUGAUGUCAUCUGCUCUUGUGUCAGAUUCGGUUUCGGUGUGUGCGGUAAGGAGGAAAUGUAAUCCUGCGAUGUUGUUAGAUCUUCUGGUUUUCAGUUUGAUUGGAGAAUUAAUUUGUUGAUUCUUCUGAUAGAUCUUUCGGUUCUGUGUGUUCGAUUCGAUUCAUUUGUGGUCUAGAUUUUUGUCCGGCGAUUGAUCUGGAGUAUUGGAUCAAUGAGCUGUAUGAAUAGCUGAGCCAGUUCCAUUGAUUUCUCCCCCCUAAUUUGUGCUGUGUUAACUUUUAGCUUGCAGGUGGCUUUGUCGAUGGCGUGUCUAUUGAUUGAGAAAUCAAUUGGUUUCUGAUGAUGGUUUGAUGACUUGUCUUUAAAGUUUUCUGAGAUUGUAGCUGCCUGCCGGGGGCGCAAGGUUUGAUUUGAUCUGGCUCUGCUUGGAAUGUGUUUAAUUGCUCCGCGUCGAUGAUUAAUUGCUAUCGUAUCGCGAUUCGAGUCGAACUUUUAAUUUCCUUUCCUUGAUAAAACAGCUCAAUAACAUUUCUUUUUUUACCUCACUUUCAUUGUAAGAAGAUUCAUUUGUUUUCUGAGAAUAGAUUUUGGACUUUAGAGGCGCUUUAAGAAAGAGCAUUCAUUUUUUUUGCUAUGUUAAGAACAUUCAUUUGUUGAAAGUCCUGGUUUGACAUGGAUGCUUUAGCCUUUAUGGUAGUUGUUGAACUCUGCACAGAAAUGUCACCUCAUAUCUGCCAUUUGUUCUGUCCAAUUUACACCAUUUAUUUUGCAGCUUGGGUUCAAUCCAGCUAAAUAGGGAUUUCUCUAGCUGAAUUAGACAUUUGGUGUUAAGCUUUUAAUGCAAUGGUAUUGGUCAAAAAACGCUUUGUGUGUCGUGUGUCUAAUGUAGAUCUGUAAGUAAGAGGAGCAUGAGUGUACCAACUCUUGAAUGCACGGAGUUUACAGAAUGUGGCAAACUGUUGUCAGACGACUGAGUCUUGUAUUGCCUAGUCAAUGUUGUCUUACAGUUUUAGCUUCGUUCUACUUCAUCUUUUUUUGUUAAAAGAUUUCUAAUUUAUCAUCUACUGCCCCUAAGUAUGCUGCAGAGACACCCUGAGUUCUGAUGGGAUGUUUCUGUAAUGGUUUAUGUAUCAGUUAUGAUUGCUAACAAUGUGUUGUAUUAUAUGGAUCUGUUCCAGAAAUGCUUAUGUAGGGUGCCCUGCUCUAAUUACUUUUGGGAUAUGAUGUUUUGGAAUGUAUUCAUUAGUUAUUUGUAUGCUACUUCCUAUUUCCAUCCUCCCCAAUUUGGUUUCUUUUUACCCAAACGGGCUAUGAUUUUGUUUCUGACAGCAGAUGUGCUAAUUUUGCUCCAGAUUUCAUGCUCUAAUUCCAUUCCCCAUGAUUAUCCUCAUCUCUACUUACUUCCCUCAUCUGGAUGGGAUGGCAUCUUUUUGUUGAAUAUGAGCAUCAAAAUCCCACAUAGAGAUGAAAAGUCACAGUCAGGGCAUGGUUUUCAAGAGUUGCCCCCCCCUUUCCAUUGUCUUUUGCCCAAAUUGUCAAGCAUCUUUUUUUCAUUUCCCUUUUGUCCUCUGCUUUUAUAGCAUCUCUUUUUAGGAGCUCCCAAUUGUCAAAUUAUCUUCCACCACUAUUAUUCUUAUUCUGCUUUCCCCAUGAUUAUGCUCAUCUGGUCCCCGCCUUAAAUAAAGUUGACGCAGGGAAAGGAACUUAAACUUGCAAUGCAGGGAAUUCGACACUGAUUCUAGUUCCUUGCUCGCUGCUCAUUCAUCAUCCAUUGCCCUCGAGAUUGGUAAAGCAAUCAGAGGCUAGGCAUUACUUUUUUCGUGGUAGUCCAAUGUAGAACCAUUGUAAAUGUGACUCGGAAAGGAAAACUUUAAACGGCAGACAUGAAUGAUGCAUAUGGGUUUGCUUCAUGAGUGAGAUCAUUGGCCAACUGUGGCAGGGACUUUCGGUUCCUUCCUCUCCAUGAUUGCUUGCUUUCUCACUAUGAUGCAUUUUUUGCAGCGGGGAAUAGUCAAAAGGCGAUGAUGAAGACAGGAGAUGGUCUGGAAAAAAAAAAGCAGAAUCUCAAAGGCAGGACAGGCAGAUAAUUGAAAUGAUUCGCUUUUUAGUGGCCAAGUGUCCCCAGUAGCAGUAAGUAGUGUAGUAUUCCCCUGCCUUCUUCUUUUGAGAGGGUUUGUCUAUGCUGGAUUUUUAGAAUCUUUCUUUGUUUUCUGUGGUGGGCUCGUCUGAUCUGAGAGAGCUAUUGUUUAUCAGCCACUGAACUAAUAUGGUUAUUUAUCAUUGUAUCUCAGUGGGUUUGUUGAUGGUUUUGUUAUUUGGUAUUUCUAUUAUCUGUUGACAGAACUUGUUUUACUCUAGGGUUAGGGUUAAUGAAUGGGACCCUCUAGA